CGGAGCACUGCGUACGAUGUGCUUGCUUCCGAGGAUGGUCAGCCUCCCAAGCAUCUUGGCAACACGGAACUGGAAAGUGUACGAGGAGCCCGCGGUUGCUUCACCGGUUCCAGCAUCGGCCGUGCGAGCCAUGCACGGCAGCCGAGGACCGUACGUGUCGCAUCGCCCGCAAGCUGUCAGUCUGGAAUGAGUUUCUCUGCCAGUCUCGACUCGAGCUACGAGAAUCAUCGGGCACACGCGGGCAGCUCUCCCUGGUCAGCUUCGAGAAGCCUUGGGCGCCAGCUGAGCGAAUAACGCGAGAAGGCACGGCGCUGGCCUGUGGACUGCUAAACACCCACCGGUGCGUGGCGACUCUUGACAUCAGUGUAAUAGCAAUGGAACCAAAGAAGUUCGCUCUGCUCGUCGACAAGCUUCGAGGAAACUCUUUUGUGAAAGUGCUAAGGUUCCGCAAUCCCCGAUUCUCGAGUGGUAGGACGCAAGAGGACAUAUGCAGGCUCAUUUCUUCCUUGCCCGCAUUAGAAGAACUCGAGUGUCCCACGGCCUGGAAGUGUCCCGUGGCUUUUCUGGACAUCUUGUCGGAGCUCCUCCGAACAACCACGUGCCUGGAGGCGUUACGAAUACCUAUGGUGUGCAUCAAAAACCAUGGCGCGGAAGGGUUACUGGAAGCGCUCGCACUGAACAGCACCCUCAAGGAGCUAUCGCUCGACGAGUCGUUCAUAGGUGAAGCGUCGCUCUCCCAUCGAGCUGGGUUUGCGAAUUACUUGAGGAAGAACACAACGCUCGAGACUCUGACCGUGUUGGCUUGUAACAAAAUGCAAGAUUCUCUGAUGUGGAUUUUGAAUGGUUUGCUAGAAAACCACACAAUCACAAAGGUAAACCUGACAAACUUCGUCGUCGGUAGACAGAGUUCCGAGCUCAUACCGCUUAUUUUCGCCAGAAACAAAACGAUAAGCAGCUUCAACAUGAUUUCGACGAGACAGGACAGGGAAGCGCACGACCACACCACCAACGAUGACUGGCUGGAAGCGCUCAAACGUAACCAAACCUUGAACGCAGUCAGGCUGCCGUUCUGUGCCUUCAAGUUGGAACAGUGGGAGUCUCUAUUCCAGGCGCUGCCGACGAAAGCAAGUCUAAAGCUCACUAUCGAAUGGAACGUCACUUACUACCACCUUCUGCCUAGAGUCUGCAGCGUGCUGAGAGAAGCGGUCGCAGAACAGCAAGUAUUUUUCGAAACAAACUUUCCGCCAAACAGCGCCGAUAUGCUGGACUACAAAGGAUUUUCUGAAAUAUUCGCAUCUCUGCGAAGCGACACGAGGAGCGAAUUCUCACGUAUAAUGCACAAGCUGCCUUCCGCAAGUCACAUUACGUCGGUCCAGCUUGAAAUCUCGAUGCACACUAUAGACGCAGCACUGUCUACGCGGAUUGCCGACUACAUCAGACACUCGACCACCCUGAAGAAGCUGCAGCUAUUCUUGUUUUGCGAUCCUCUCUACGUCCCGAGGAGUAGCUGUUGGGCAGACAUCGUUACAUCGCUGUCUCAGAAUGGAAGCGUCAAGGAGUUGCACGUCAAGUUGCCCAAUAUUGAAGUCCAAGACACUGGGAGGCUCGCGCACGCUGUCAAGUCGAACAAAAACAUGCAGCGCGUAUACCUUGUGCCCGAAAGAUCGCGUGACGCGAGCGCCUUCUUCAAGGUUUUAGCUGAAGACGUCAGAGAAAACCUCACGCUACUCAGUGUGGUCGUCGACGUGUCCCUGGAUGAUGAGGAGGUGGCAAGGGAUUGGUUCGUUGUUUGGGAUGCGAUGCGGCGCAAUUCUGGACGCCUCAGGCACGCUGCCCUGUUCGUGAGUGGACAUCGGUGCGACCGGGCGUGCGCUGAAGCGCUGGAAUGGAUGCCCCUUCAUCCAGCCCUGCCGGAACAAGUCGCCGAGCUUUCUUCGGUGCACGAAAGCGACGCCAUCGUCAUGAUCAGAGAUGCGCUGAAGUCACUGCAAGACAUGCACGAAUUCAUGAGGCUCGCCGGGGUCGUCAGCCGGCGAGUCUCGUGCCAGUGGCGAGAAGACGAGAGAGUGCAGCUCAGUGACCUCAACGAGGACUGCUGGGGAAGGGUGCGCGGAUACUUGCGGCUCAGCGAUGUGGGCUACUCUUCGGCAGAGCCGUGAAAAUUUAUGAACGACAGUGUCGCGAUAUGUGACGUACAUACGUGUCUCUGUGUAUUCGAUCCGAACAUAUUUUCGUUCGUGGAUAGCUUAACGCCACGAUGAAUUUUGCUGAAAGCGUCUCAGCGUGUCUCAUUACUAAUUAGCUUAUGACAAAGAUAACGGACAGCUUAGCAUGAGGCAACUGUGAUUUUGCUUUAGAUUUGUCUUUCUAUUGGGAGAAUAGUCGGAACAAGUUCUUGGAGGUCUGGUGCAAUAGCCGAAGCAGGCGCAAUGUUGCCACUAAAUCCGCAACAAGCGGCGAAUAUAUAUACAUUUCUUGCGCGAUCUGCGUAAUAAGUACAUUAUUCAAACCUAGUUUAUUCACCAACCAUCUGGAUAAGGAAUAUUAUCAUGCAUUAACAGGCAAGUAAAUCUCUGCAGCUAGGAUGGCCUCUUUGACUGGAAUUG